CCAAAGUCGAACAUCAAAGGAUGUUAUGAUCUUCGGGUGCGCGUUGUGGGGCUGAGGUGGAACCAGGGGCCAGAGCAUGGCUGCAAGCUCCGAGUGGAGGUCCCAGGGCCAGCCAAGGUCCCUAGCCCACUUGCUGACAGCAGAAGCCUAUGGAGCAGCCAGUAUGAUUCCCAGACCGGAAGUGAGGGAGCUCCCACCAUGGCCGGCCCAGGAGCUCCCGCCAUGGCAGGCCCAGGACCCCACCCAGCCUGGCCAGAUAAGCCUGCCCCCGCAGCCGAGCCUGCCUGCCUUCCCGCCUCAGGCCUGGUACCAGAAGCAGCCCAGGAAGAGACGCAACCUUCUCAAGUUGCUGGGCGCCUUCCAUGUCGUCAUUGCUCUGCUGUACUCGCUCUUCGGGGGUUGCCUGGUCUCCACCGGCAAGAGUCUUCACCUGGUGGUGCUGAAGUCUUGGUAUCCAUUCUGGGGGGCUGCCUCUUUCCUCAUUUCGGGGAUCUUGGUGAUCAUGGUAGAGCUGUUUUCGAAGACUUAUCUGAAGACGCUUUGCCUGAUAGCUCAUGCCCUCAGCUGCUUCUGCGUGCUAGCUGGCCUCUUUGUCAUUGCCAAAGAUCUCUUUCUGGAGAGUCCCUUUGACUUCCCGAUCUGGACUCCGUACCCCAGCAGCCCGGUCCACAUCCAGAGGCUGGAGGUGGCCCUGCUCUGCUUCACGGUCCUGGAGUUCUUCCUGCUGGGCUCCACAACCGUCGCAGUGUGCCGGAAUGACCGUGCGUCCGCAGAGAAGGACGAAUUGUCCGUUGUUGCUGAGGCUCCGGUGGGAUUCAGGCUGUGGUCGACGAGUCCUCUCCCAUCCUAUGAGGAUGUGACUCAAGGUGGCAUGUAAGACGAGCAAAAGCAGAGUGUAUCACUUUGGAGGGGUACUUUGUAUCUGCAAUAAACAGGAAGCCAAUAACUUUCCAUAAAAAGAAGCGAUGCACAAAACCAGUGUAAACACGGUGAAAACAACACCCACUUGCCACCUGCUGCUAUGAUGUCAGCUGCUGGUUCUCCGCCUCUCGCUUAUCUGCUCCAGACGCCCUGGCUUCCCUGAGGUUCUACAGAUGCUGUAGGCCCACCCCUGCCGCUGAGCCAUCCCCUUGCACUUCCUCUGCCCGGACUCUCUUCCCUGGGGCAUAGCAGCCCUCGCUCUGUGAAUCUUUAUUGGGCUACUGGCUCUGGGCUAAUGCUGUCAUGACACCAGCAUUGCCCCUCCCACCCGUCUGUGAUAUAGGUUCUGUUACUCCCCAUUUCACGCAGGCUCAGAGAAGUUAAGCAAGUUGCCCCAAGGCACCCAGCUGGUUAGUGGCAGAGCCAGAAUUUGGACCUGAGCACUCUGGCUCCAAACUGAAGUUCUUGCUUCCAGACAGCACCCGAUAUGGUUAUAGGAUAGGCCUACUCUGCGGGGGCUGGGCUCUCACUGGUCAGAUGAGACCUGCCCCCGUCCGAGCACUACACACGGUCUGCAUGGCGGAGUCAGCCCUCAAGCUCAUGGGCACCCCGUCCUCCCAGACAGGCUGUUUGCCAUGUGGUAGCCCAGGUUCACGGUUGUACGGGCUGGCAGCCCUCGACAAUCCCUUUGUGUAGAGAUGCCCUCCCAAUCAAUGGCACUCUGAAUAUUCCUAGGGUUUGAGGUGGUCUGAAUUCUCCUAUUGUCUCCUCCCUUGUUGCCACUCCUGGCUGUCACCUCUGGUUUCGAUCACUGGCCUGUCCGUAGCCUCUUCUCUCUGCUUCUGGUCUAUUAGUCCUGCAGGCUGCAGCUGGCCUUGGAGCAGAACACAGAGUAGAAGCCGCUAGGCUCCGCGGGAGCCUCAGGGAGCCAAAAGCCACGCCAAUGUUUAGGGCCAAUGUUUAGGACAAGGGACAUGAAGGAAAGAACUUCAGCUUGGCUGUCUGGAGACCUGGGUGCAAAUUCCAGCUUGGUCAUCAGUUACUCAGUGACCUUGGCUCAGCCCCAUGCCUCACUGGGUCUCAGUUUCCUCAUCUCUAAAAUAGGACGUUGUACUAGGGUGGUGAUUUGCUUGGAUAACCAGUCAAUCAAUGAAAAGGAUAGUACAGUGAUGAAACAGGUGUCAAGUUUGCACACUUGCUCCCUUUCUCCAUCCGUACCUGUCACGUGCACGCGCAUACACACACGUACAUCCGUAUAUACACUAGUUUGUCGAACCGGGUAAAAGUAAGUUGCAGAUACCAUGACCCUUCAUCCCCAUAUUCUCCCACCUGCAUUUUUUUCUAAGAAU